CUAGCUUGACGUGGGAGUACUUGGUGACGCUAAUCGAUCGCUGUCUAUGAGCAGAUGACGGUAGCGAUGAAUCCGAGUCUGAGGAGGAGGUGCGCUCGAAGCGACGAACGGCGUCGUCGAAGCGCAAGGCUGCUGCGAAGAAGAAAGAGGUGCGUUGCAUCGGAUUCUCUUGUUGUCUGAGUUUGUUACAGCAUGGUAAUUAACAAAUGUUGGGUGCUUACAGGAACCGGAGAGCAAGCCUGCAGCGAAGGCGCCCUCUGCAGAACCGUCACUACUGGAUAGCGACUUCUUCGGCACCCCUGCACCAGGUAUGCAUUGCGCUUCCUCUACCAACACAUCGAUCUAGACGAGCUAACGAUCAUUUUUUCCCCUAACUGCUCCCGCAGCGAACACUUUCGACCCGUUUGCGCCGGCUCCUGCCGCCCCCGUGGCGGCGGCCCCACAGACCGCUUCGUUUGCUGCAUUUGGCAACGCGGCACCUGCGCCUCAGCAGUCGUUUAACGCUUUUGGUGCAGCCCAGCCGCAGCAACAGCAAUCGUCCUUUGACGCAUUCGGCAGUGCUGCUGCUCCAGCUCAAGGAAACGCCCAACAGUUUUCUGCUUUCCCCGCCCCGCCGGCGCAGCAGGGUUUCAAUGCGUUCGGUCAGCAAGGCAACGCUGCGGCUCCUCCGGCCCCCGCUUUCAACCAGCAGCAGCAGUUCGGUCAGUUCGGCGGAAUGCAGGGAGGUAUGCAGCAGCAGCCUAUGCAAGGUGGCAUGAACAUGCAGGGCCAAGCUCCGAGUCGGACCACUUCCAACCCUGGUCCCAGUCAGUCCCGAACGAACUCUGGCCCGCAGCCUGAGAAGAAGAGCAACGAUGCGUGGGGAGCUGGAUCGUCUCUCUUCGAUCUCAACAACCUGGCAAGUUCUACUGGCAGCAACAACAGCAACGCAGGACGCCCGGGCCAGCAGCAGCAACAGCAGUCUAAUGCAGGCCGCAACAGCUUCAGCGGGUUGGACACCCUCGCUGGUAUGCCCAGCAAGCCUGGAAUGGGAGGUGCUGGCGGCAUGAACUCCAUGGGCGGUGGCAUGGGUGGAAUGAACUACGGAAUGGGCCAGCCGGGCAUGCAGCAGCAGUCGUACGGCCAAAUGCAAAUGGGCGCCGGUGGUAUGCCCAUCAUGGGCAUGCAGCAGCCUCGCCCGAUGAUGGGAGGUAUGGGCAUGCAGCAACCGGGCAUGGGAAUGCAGCAGCCUGGUAUGGGUGGCAUGAUGAACCAAGGUGGCUUCGGCAACAUGGCAGCGAUGCAGCAGCAACAACAGCAGCAGCAGCAGGCGUUCAGCUCGUUUGGCAAUUUUAGUUGAAGAGAGGAGAGAGGGGACCAACCACUUUGGUUGUUAAUUAGCGCUACAGCCUCGACGCAUGAAGACAGUGUCCAGCACAUGGUGAAAACGAGAGUGACACUACAGUAGACGAAGAUACUUCAACUGCGAAGAAGCGUCGGUAGCUCGGCAGAAUGGCUGAUGUGCAUGUGCGAGAACUGAAGCGUGGAUAGCUCUCAAGCUUUGUUUGAUACCUUUUUCCUUUGCGUCAAGUCGACUUUGUGUCAACUGACUACAGACCAGCAACACCUGCAGGACAAUGUAGCCUGCAGCAAGAAACCCCCACAAUGAUCAUUGGCGCUUUGUGUAGAAUCCAAAACGCCUCAAUUGACAUCCUUCCCUCUGCUGGGACACUCGCACUAACACUAACUGCUUCUCCCCUUAUGUCUUCCUCAAAGAUACGGGGCUCGACCGCAAUCUCUGCAGGCCGCGCGAACUACCGCUUCAUCGGCGGUGGAAUCUUUCUCGCUAUGGCUCACCGCUGAGCUCAACAACAGCCAGGAGAUAGC